AUGGCUUCCCAAGUGAAUGGAGACCAGCCCAGUUCGCCAUCAAGCCAACCCCAGGAGGUUAUCACCUCACAACCAAGCACUCCAUCAGGAACUGCAACACCUUUACUCCAUUCGAACCCACUCCAAAUUGUCGUCCCUUAUCUCUGGCCUCAGCCUUACGGAAAGGUUUUCCAUGGUCUUUAUACCAACGGAGGUUUUUUUUCGGUCCCGAAGUCUAGUGACGUUGUGUGGAAUCGAUGGAUCAAUGGGAAUAUCCCUCCAGUUUAUGGUGUACAGAUAUUCACGAGUACCCAAAAACCCCAAGUCCGCCGAGCUAAACGUGGUACCGAAACAUCGCAUCGACUUCGGGUUAGUCGAGUACCUGUAGAUCUUCGAUUCGGACACAAAGAAUUUACUCUAGAGGAUACCAUCCUUCUCGACCACGAAACCACCAUCGAAGUCUGUUUAAAGGUCAAGCCGGUCAUCAGCAGUACUUUUGCAAUCAUAGACUUGGUCUUCAAGCAGGUAUCGGCGAUUUUUCCUCUCGCCAAAAUUACAGGCGUUUCCCCGAAUACUUUGAAUUACAUCUCGUGCGCUCUAUCGCUGCUUGCGUUCUUUACUGUUCUUGAAGAAACAUUCCAGCUGUGGGAUCGAAACACCAAUACUGUAGCAUUCGAUGUGAUCUACGACCAAGACUACGAUAACGUCGCCAUCGAGGGUACGUCUUGGACUGGGAAAUCGUACUUUGUGGGACUUUCCGACAUGCCGAGGCUUCCACCAUGA